GUACAUUUUAGUGACUUGCAUUUUGAAAGACUAAAAAAGAAUAAAUUUUCGCUUAAAACAUAGUUUAAUUAACUUGUAGAAUUGUCAAAAUGCCUGGAGAAUAUUCAACAACUAAGGUAAUCAUCCAUCCGUUAGUUCUUCUGUCUGUUGUGGACCAUUUCACGCGAAUGAGCAAGAUCGGCAAUCAAAAAAGAGUUGUUGGAGUUUUGCUUGGUUGCUGGAAAGCUAAAGGUAUUCUGGAUGUUUCAAAUAGCUUUGCUGUUCCAUUCGAUGAAGAUGAAAAGGACAGAAGUGUGUGGUUUUUGGAUCACGAUUAUCUCGAAUCCAUGUAUGGGAUGUUUAAGAAAGUAAAUGCUCGUGAACGAGUUGUAGGAUGGUAUCAUACUGGACCAAAAUUGCAUCAAAAUGAUAUCGCAAUUAAUGAGCUUUUGAGACGUUAUUGUCCAAAUUCAGUUUUAGUCAUCAUUGAUGCUCGUCCAAAAGAAUUGGGACUGCCAACAGAAGCAUAUAUCGCAGUAGAAGAGGUUCAUGAAGACGGCACAUUAACAAAGAAAACAUUUGAACAUGUUCCAAGUGCAAUUGGUGCUGAGGAAGCAGAAGAGGUCGGUGUCGAGCAUUUGCUGAGAGACAUCAAAGACACGACAGUAGGAAGUUUGUCGCAGAAGGUGACCAAUCAAUUGUUGGGCUUGAAAGGACUGAAUUGUCAAUUGCGUGACAUCAAAGAGUAUUUACUUAAAGUCGGAAAAGGCGAUAUGCCAAUCAAUCAUCAAAUUAUGUAUCAAAUGCAGGAUAUUUUUAAUCUCUUACCUGACAUCAGUCAUGACAACUUUACCGAUACACUCUACAUCAAGACUAAUGAUCAAAUGCUGGUUGUUUACCUUGCUUCAUUAGUCCGUUCCAUUAUCGCGCUUCAUAAUUUGAUUAACAAUAAGCUUACAGAAGUUUGUCAAGAUUAAAUAAUUAUAUUCUAUUUUUUUUUGUCAUUCAAAUUAUCUUUUCUCAUUAAUAUCAAUAUAUAAAAGUGAUCAAAAAGUAUCCAAACGCUUUCCUUGUAUCCAUC